AUGUCUGACUCCCAACAAUCACGCCUUUGUCACUUAGUACUUGAAUGUUCCAAUGCAAAGGGUGGUAUCAAAAUGACUCCUGUGAGUCUCGAAGUGACCGGUCCAUCAGUGUUAAUGAAACGUCGGAUUAUCCCACUUGGACUUCGUGAUCCCGUAGAAAAGGCGUUAGGUGAAAUGGUAAGCAAAGUAGUUCUGACACCCGUAAACUCUUCGUCUUGGGCCACGCCAAUUGUUACUCUACUAAAACGUGACGGGAAGACUCCUAGGAUAUGUGAAGAUUAUCGAGUCACUGUGAACAGAUACCUGAAACAGUCCAGUUAUGCCAUCGUCGAACCAGAAGACAUUCUGCACCAACUUCAUGGAUCCAAAUUUUUCUCUAGUCUAGACUUCAAAGAUGCAUUUCUUCAAAUUCCUCUUGAUGAAAAGUCCCGUGAACUCACGACUAUUAACACACCUUUUGGUUUAUUUCGCUAG